AUAAAAAUAAUAUUAAUAAAAAGUUGUAUUUAUCACAUCCAAACACACAUCUAUUUCCAACAGCUAGGAUGUUAAAAACGUGAAAUUCAAACAAUUUUUGUACAGAUUUUGUUUAACAGCUAUCAAUGAUGGAGCCUAAAGGUAUUAGCAUAGUUUAGCUGUGCAAAUACUGGUAAACAAAUAAUCAGCGCUCAAACACUGACCACGUGACUGCGUCCCUGCCAGGGGUGACAGGCAGUGUUUUUGUGGGACAGAGGAGGGGAAUUAGCUUGAAUGAAAGUCAUGAGGGCAGUAAAUACGAAACAAUGUGUCCCUAUAAUUUACGCUUUACUUCAGCUAAUUAUUUUCUACGGCGGCCGGAAUGUAGUGACGGGAGUGUGGCCGUUACCGCACGCGCUCACCGUCUUCCCGGAACGAUACCCGUUAAAUCCCCGAACUUUUUACUUUGAUUAUGGAAGACACUCAGCCACACAGCAGGGAUGUUCUGUUCUGGAUGCUGCGUUCAGGAGAUACCUUUGGAUUAUUUUUCCAGACUACACUGCUGAAAAUGGCCAAUUUGCUGCGAAUAACUCAUUCAAUCUCCAUAUCAGCACUGAUCACAAUGACUGUGAGAAUUACCCCAAUGAGGAUUCAUCCGAGAGAUACAAUCUAAGUGUCUCUGCUGGACAAGCAUCCCUGAAUGCAGCAACUGUGUGGGGUAUUUUAAGAGGUCUGGAAACUUUUAGUCAGUUGGUGUAUCAAGAUGAACACGGCUCUUAUUUUGUCAAUAAAACUUAUAUUGAAGACUUCCCCCGGUUUCAAUUUCGGGGCGUUUUAUUGGACACUUCACGCCAUUAUUUACCAGUGUAUGCCAUUUUAAAAACUCUGGAUGCCAUGUCUUACAGUAAGUUCAAUGUUCUUCACUGGCACAUCGUAGAUGACCCAUCCUUCCCAUACCAGAGCCGCUCCUUUCCCAACCUUUCCAAUAAGGGGGCUUUCCAUCCUGAAACACACAUCUACACCCAAUCAGACGCGAGGAGAGUGAUCUCAUAUGCCAGGAUGCGGGGAAUAAGAGUCCUUCCAGAGUUUGAUUCACCAGGACACACCAGAUCCUGGGGGAAAGGGCAGUCUGACCUGCUGACUCCUUGCUACAAAGGAGGUGCUCCUUCAGGCGCCUUUGGUCCCGUCAAUCCAGCAUUACAGUCCACCUAUCGGUUCAUGACGGCGCUCUUUAAGGAAGUGUCCUCCGUGUUUCCUGACUCAUACAUCCACUUAGGAGGUGACGAGGUCGACUUUUCCUGCUGGAGAUCUAACCCUCAUGUACGCGUAUUCAUGCAGAAGAUGGGGUUUGGAGGAGAUUUUCCUAAACUUGAAGCGUUCUACGUUGAAAACUUAGUAAACAUCACAUCAGCUCUCAACAAGACGUCAAUCGUGUGGCAAGAUGUCUUUGACUACCAUGAACGGCGCAGUGCUCUGUCUGUGGUGGAGGUUUGGAAACAUGGCUGUUACCUGUGUAAAGUACGGCAGGUGACCAAAGCCGGACUCAGGGUGAUCCUAGCCUCCCCGUGGUAUCUGGACCUACCGGGACCCACACACAACUGGGCUCGCUACUACACUGUGUGGCCGCUUGCCUUUCCUGGUUCUGAAAAGCAGAAGAAGCUGGUUAUAGGGGGUGAGGUCUGCAUGUGGGGGGAAUACGUCGACGCCACCAAUCUCUUCCCAAAACUAUGGCCAAGAGCAAGUGCUGCAGCAGAGCGACUGUGGAGUGACGAGAAACAGACUUCCAGCGUGGAAAGAGCUUCUCCUCGACUGGAGGACUUUAGAUGCAAGCUGCUGAGGCGUGGAAUCCAAGCAGGCCCUCUCUAUGUGGGACACUGCAAACACGAGUAUCAAGGAGUUUGAAGAUGAACAGAAUCACACCUUUUAGAGCAGUUCAGUACUUCAAGUUCAUUUUAUUAUAGUUUUUUAGAUGCAAAACUACAAUAUUUUAGGACUUUUAUGAGUUAAAUUAUUGAGUGCUGUUUAUCUGAUGCCAUAUAGUUGAAAAUCGCUCAGGGAGUUAGAAUUAAUAUUCAGAUUUUAUGAUUCACAUUUAACAUUUGGUCGUAAUAUUUGAUAUAUUUAGGUAUAUUUACUGCAUGGAUAAAUAUGCACGGGACUGAUAUGAGAUAAAAUACCAAGGGUUUGGAUCACAAAUUCAAGGCGGAGUAUUAGGGACAGUUUACAAACAAUUAAAAAAAAAUUCUGACUUUAAAUCUCAUAAAUUUAUGAAAAAAAAGUCUGUAAAACGUUUAAAUUACAAGAACAAAGUCAUAUUUCUAUGACUUUAAAAAUCAUAGGUUAAAUUUAUGACUUUUUUUGUAGAUUUAUGAGAAUAAAACUCGUAAAUUGACGAGAUUAAAAGUCGUAAAUUUGAGAGAUUUUAA